AUGAAUGAAAAUAAUGAAAGCAGAGUCUUGCCCGCAGAAAUUCUUUCAGUCACGCAAGUUGGAAUAAACCCAAACGCCACCGAGAGUAACUUGUCCAUCAACGAUAGCCACAUCGCCGCGGCGACCAGGAGCCAGCUUUUCUUGUCUAGCAGCGAAUACAGCAACACAGAGCUACCAAGAAGUAGAUUUGAGCCGCUGCCGGUCUACGGCCAUGUUGCUGUAUCGGAAGGCGACUUCAUUUACAUCGUCAGUGGAUACAGACCGAUUCCGCACCAUUCCAGUUGGGCCAACCAGCCAAAGCAAAUCUACAGGCCUCUGCGAGAUGUAUGGCGACUCAACAAGAUCACAAAUGAAUGGUUUCUCAUAGCUACUUUUGGCCGGCCAGAAGUCCUCAGUUAUGGUCUCUGCGGGGCUGCUGGUGCAAUUGUCAAUGGUGCGUUGUAUCUGAUGUAUGGCUUUCAAAAACGCGACCUCAAUCACAUCCUUAAACUGGAUCUGAGAACAUGGAAAUGGGAAAUCGUCAAUCCAGAACACAAAAGUCUCCCCGCCCCGCGAAAUAAGCAUGGCGCUUGGUCUUAUGAGGAUAAUAUCAUUAUUUUCGGCGGAUUUGGCCCUGUCCCGAAUAAGGAUGAUUGUCCGCUUCAUGCAAAGACGAAAUACGAAGUGAUAGAAGAUCUGGACGAUAAUAGAGCUUGGAAUGAUGAUCUCUUCAUUUUUGACACCGUGGCAAAGAAACAUAUCCCAAUCGAAGAUUUUGGUCCUAGGCCUGCUCCACGAGCUGCAUUCGGCUCAGCUCAAAAUGAAAAGAACGCAUAUUUAUUUGGGGUCGUUGUGCUCCUGGUCGAGCUAAUGACCUUUAUCAUUUCGACUUGGAGCACCAUCUGGAUGACGCUAACCGCUGGUCGGGAUUGCAUGCUGUUAUUCGGCGGGCUGAGCUCGCGAAAAGAGCGCAACAGUGAAAUCGCGCUUUCCGACAUUUGGAUUUUCGACCAAAACCUCGUCACCUCAUCGAUUGCUUCCAGCCCCGCAACGCGCACGCUCGCUUUUCCCAAUCUCUGGAAAAGAGUUAACAUUGACUUCGCCCACAGAAGUUGGCAGGAUUGCCCAACCAACGAGAAAAAACGGAUGUGGCACUCAUGUAAUUACAACAAUUACAAUGGUCAUUUUAUCGUCAUCGGGGGCGCGAUCAAACAAAGCGACGAAGAUGACGAGGAAAUUCUUUCGAAACACAAUCUUCAGUUUCAGAUCGAGCAACCCCGCCUCGUAGACCUCGCAGCCCAUAAGGCCAUCAAUACUGUCUUCCUCCCCGGCAGAAGCGUUUGCCACUCGCUCCGGGAGAAAUACUUCAAGCAACGCCUUAAUUUCGUCUCGCAGGAGAUUCACUUUCUCAUGCGGUCAUUUGAAAAAUCGCUGGAGGAAGUCGAUCGCUUUACGCCCCACCGUGAAAAAGAACUGGACGGGAAGCUGUUGACGAUAAGGUCUUAUCGCGACAGAACUCCGUUCCACGAUGAUCUGGUGAUCUCGACAAACGAUUUUAUGACGAUCUACAUUCGCUUUCGGCAGCUCUCGACAACAAAGUACUCCUACGCCCUUCAAGAAGCAUUAAACAAGCACCCUUACUUGAUAAUCUUCGAAAACUACUUCCGGAAGCUGAUCACCAACGGAUUAGUUGAUGAUCUUAUCUUCCGAAGAAGUAAUCGAACGAUUUUCAAUCACGGAAUCAUUUGA